AUGUACGCACGGAGCAACGCAUCAAGCCACUCGAGCGACCGUACGCAGGUCCGCUCGGCGCUCGGCUCGUUGAAACGGACAUGGUCGGGCAAUCAGCAUGACCUCGGCUCGUCAGCUCAAAGCACCACCAGCAAGGGCACUCCAGGUCCGCCUUCAAGCCAAGAGAUAUUUUACGAAUGGUCCGACUCGCCUUCGCCGCCUCGCAGGAGCGCCAAGCUCACCUCGUACGCCGUCGACUCUGAUAAAGAGAACGCAGUCUCCGCACCGCCGGAGAAGAAGGCCAAACCCGCAGCAUCGAUCGCAGUCUCAUCGACGAUCGGCUCGGCUCAGCCGCAGACUGGGUUCGUGUCAGCGUCGAGCAUGCAGAGAAGCUCCAGCUCCGGCUACGGUAGCGGGGCGCGCCCAAAUGCGAGCUCCUCAGAUUGCCCCUCCGCUCAAUCGUACUCUCGACCAGCCUCCCACCCAUCCAGGAGCACCGACCUCGCGGCACAGUUCUCGUACGAGCGUCAACAGGGGCGAAGUAGCUCCAGUGCGAACGCAUCCGGCCUGAGCAGGAACAGCGUCGGGCCCCCAGCUACGGGAUCUUCAAGCACCUACGGUCGCACGUCAUCAGCGCCUUCGAUGCCUUGGAUGAAGACGGCGUCGCAGCUCAAGAGCGAAAGGCGAAACGACCCUGCCGCAUACCAGUCCAGUUCGCUCAUCUCGUCGACUGGUCAGACGAAUGCAGCAAGAGCAUCGCCCUCUGCUGUAGGCGCGACUUCGCUGGAUAGCAAGAAGAGCGUCAACAAGAUCUUUCUGUCGCAGGAGCAGCGAAAGGUGUUGCACAUGGUCGUCGAAGAAGGCAAGAAUGUGUUCUUCACCGGUUCGGCUGGUACAGGUAAAUCGGUGCUGCUGAGAGAGAUCAUCAAAGAGCUACGACGCAAGCAUGCCAAGCGUCCCGAGUCCGUCGCCGUCACUGCAUCGACUGGUAUCGCCGCUUGCAACAUUGGCGGCGUCACCAUUCACAGCUUCGCAGGCAUCGGUCUGGGCAAAGAGCCUGUCGCGCAGCUGUUGAGCAAGAUUCGCAAGCAGCGCAAGUCCUCUGCCCGGUGGCAGCGUACACAGGUACUCAUAAUCGACGAGGUCUCUAUGGUUGAUCCGGCGCUGCUCGACAAGCUGGAGGAGGUCGCCAGGCUCAUCCGAAAGAAGCCGGACAAGCCCUUUGGUGGGAUCCAGGUGGUCAUCACGGGCGACUUCUUCCAGCUUCCCCCCGUCAAUCCGGGAGGAAGUGUCACCUUUGCCUUUGAUGCACAGUGCUGGGACCGCGUGGUGCAGCACAAGGUCAACCUAACGCAGGUCUUCCGACAGAAGGACGAAUCGUUUGUCACCAUGCUCAACGAGAUGCGCUUCGGCAAACUGUCGCAGAAGACGAUCGACGCUUUCAGAAAGCUCGAGAGGGUGCCGCGAUACGAUGACGAUAUCGUUCCCACUGAGCUCUUCCCCAUGCGCCAGGAAGUGGACAAGGCCAACGCGGGCCGCCUCCUGGCGCUUCAGGCGGAAGCGCAGAGCUACCGUGCCGUCGACGGUGGCACCCUGAUGGGUGAGGCUCGCGACAGGAUCCUUUCGCACUCUAUUGCCGUGUCCGUGCUGAACCUAAAGAAGGGAGCGCAGGUGAUGUUGAUCAAAAACCUGGACGAGACCCUCGUCAACGGCUCCGUGGGCAAGGUGAUCGACUUCAUGGACGACAAUGAGUACGACAAGCAGACGGGCGCACUGGAUGCCGCCGAGUUCCAGAAAGAGGACCGAGACAAGGCGCAACGUUCUGCGGUGCGAAAGUGGCCGCUGGUGCGCUUCCAUCUGGCCAACGGCCAGACGCGAGACUAUCUGGCGCGGCCAGAGUCGUGGAAGACCGAGCUGCCGGACGGCGAGGUGCAGGCGUCGAGGACGCAGGUGCCUCUCAUUCUCGCCUGGGCCAUGUCGAUCCACAAGUCGCAGGGACAGACGCUGCCGUGCUGCAAGAUCAACCUCAACCGCGUGUUUGAGAAGGGACAGGCGUACGUGGCUCUCUCGCGAGCCACUUCGCUCGAAGGGCUCCAGGUGCUAGGUUUCCGACCCGACAAGGUCAUGGCGCAUCCGAGGGUGAUCCAGUGGAGUCAAUCUCUGAUCGCGCUCAGCGACUGA